CCGCCUGCCUCUGGCCUCGCAGCCAGCAGGGAAGGGCUCCAAGGGCCCGACUGGCGCCUGGAUCCGGACCCUGCAGUCUUGGGUCCCUGCAGCACCGAGUCGCGCCCCCCAGGAGCGCUUCUGGCAGCCAUGUCGGACUCUCAGCUGCAGCCCUCUGAGCAGCUACCCUCGCAGUCAUCAACCUCGCAGUCAACAACCUCGCAGUCAACACCAUCGCCGCCGCCCUCGCUGGUGCGCCAGAACUAUGACAGCUCCUGCGAGGACGAAGUCAACAAGCACAUCAACUUGGAGCUUCACACCUCCUACAUCUACCUGUCCAUGGGCUACAACUUCCAGCGCGACGACAUGGCCCUGAAGCACUUCUCCCGCUUCUUCCUACGCCUGUCCAGAAAUGCCAGGGAGCGAGCUGAGAAGAUGAUGCAGCUACAGGUUCUGCGCGGGGGCCGUAUCAAGUUAUCCGACAUCAACAUACCGGACCAGCUUGAAUGGGAUAGCGGCCUGAACGCGCUGAAUUAUGCCCUGAACCGGGAGCAGCACGUGAAUGAUCAGCUAAUUAGUAUUCACCAGCUGGCCAUCGACCUGUACGAUGCCCACCUGCGUGACUUCCUAGAGCGCUUCUUCCUGCACGAGCAAGUCAAGCUCAUCAAAGAGCUGGGCGACCACAUCAUCAACCUGCGCAACAUGGGGGUGGAGGAACAGAUCUUCGCAGAGUACCUCUUUGAUAGGCUCACGUUGGGCAGCGGUGACUCCAACAACUGAGCCAAGUUCAUUGCUCGCUCCCUCGGUCACGGUCAGCAUGCUGGCAGUGCCUACUAGCAGUAUUGCAGUUGCAAGCUCUUUGUUCCAGUAUUUUCUUUGAGUUACCUACUAUUUUCUUCCAAUAAAUUUCGAUUUGCUUCAGAAACAA